AUGGCUCCAGCUAUGGCAAGUAAUGUGACACCAUCAUCAUCAUCAUCAUUUGAUUUGAUACAAUACGCCGUCCAUGAAGGCCAUGGAGUUAAGGGUAUCUCAGAAUUAGGUCUUAAAGCCUUGCCAGAGCAAUACAUUCAACCCAUUGAUGAGAGAAUCGAUAUGAAAACGGUUGUGGAGGAGCACUUUAUUCCUAUCAUAGACAUGUCCAAUCUCGACGACGACCGGCCGGAUGUUGCGGAUUUGAUCUGUGAUGCGGCGGAGAGGUGGGGUUUUUUUCAGGUGAUUAACCAUGGGGUACCCAUUAAAGUGCUUGAGGAUGUUAAGAAUGCAGCUUACCGGUUCUUUGAGCUGCCGGCUGAGGAGAAGAAAAAACACUCAAAGGAUAAUUCUCCGACCAAUAAUGUCCGGUUUGGGACAAGUUUCAUGCCGGAUGCUGAGAAGGCUCUAGAAUGGAAAGACUAUCUUAGCCUCUUUUAUGUCUCCCAAGAGGAGGCUGAUUCAGAUUGGCCUUCUGCCUGCAAGAAUGAAGUUAUGGAAUUUGUGAAGAGCUCAGACGGUCUCAUAAAGAAUCUUCUGAAGACACUAGCUAAAAGACUGAAUGUAAAAGAAAUUGAUGAAGAAAAAGAGAAGUUAUUCAUGGGAUCAAAGAGGAUUAAUAUGAACUACUACCCAAAAUGCCCUAACCCUGAGCUCACAAUCGGAGUCGGCCGUCACUCCGACGUCUCCACAUUGACUGUCCUUCUCCAGGACCAGGUUGGGGGUCUUUACGUCAGAAAACUAGACAGUUCUGACGGUUGGAUCCACGUGCCUCCAAUCAACGGUGCGAUCGUGAUUAACAUUGGAGAUGCUCUUCAGAUCAUGAGCAAUGGACGGUACAGGAGUGUGGAACAUAGAGUGGCUGCAAAUGGAACCGAGAACAGGAUAUCGGUCCCUAUUUUUGUGAACCCUAGGCCUAAUGAUGUCAUCGGACCCUUGUCGGAGGUGAUAGAGAAUGGGGAGGUUGCGAUCUAUAAGCAAGUGUUGUAUUCCGAUUAUGUGAAGCAUUUCUUCAGGAAAGCACAUGAUGGGAAAGGGACUGUUGAAUAUGCGAAGAUAUGAUGGAUG